CAUUCCAUUCCCCCCUUUUCUCUCCCCUCACACAGCAGCCAAGAAACGCUAGAAGCUUAGCUGCAGGAGUUUAGUGAGGAGUAAGAGCUGCGAGAGAGUGCGGUGGAGGCAAUGGAGAUGACGAUGGCGGCCGCGCCGAUGCAGCCGAAGACGGGGGGCCUCGCGCGCAGGCUGGCCAGGCUCCUCCGCCGCAAGCGCUCCCCGGCGGGGACCGGGAUGGCGUACUCUGUCGCCGGGGAUGAGUUCGACGAGUCACUGGACAGCUCCAUUAACUCACUGAGCAAGCUCAAGCUGUCCGGCAACCUGGCUGCCGCCUACUCGCUCGACGCGUACUUCAAGAAUGCGACGGAGAAGAAUGGCGCGGCGCCGCAGCUGUGCUCGGCGCCGGCGCCGGACGCCGCAAAGCACGCGUUCGUCGCGAGCCUCUUCGCCGGUGCGUCCGCGGUAAAGGCGGCGUACGCGCAGCUGCAGCUCGCGCAGCACCCCUACGAUGCCGAGGCGAUACAGGCGGCGGACGCCGGCUUGGUCUCGGAGCUCACCAAGCUGUCGGACCUAAAGCGGAGGUAUACCAGGGAUCCGGUCGCGGCGGCCAAGAACGCCGCCGCCCUCGCGGCGCACGCCGACGAGCAGCACCACCUCCUCCGGACCUACGAGAUCACGGCGGGCAAACUGGAGGCCGAACUCCGCGUGCGGGAUGCCUACGCGGAGCGCGCCCGGGCCGCGCUCGCCCACGAGCUCCACGCCGCGCGCGCGCUGGAGGAGCGCGUCCACCCGGGGCGCACCCUGGCCGCGCUCGACGACCUCCACCUCUCCGGCCUCAACGCCACCCACUUCGUCACCGCCCUUCGGCACACCGUCAAGUCCAUCCGCUCCUUCGCCAAAGCAAUGCUCGACGCGAUGCGGCCCGCCGGCUGGGAUCCCGCGGUGGCGACCGCGGCCGUGCACCCGGCCGCCCAGCUGAGCCACCCCGGCGACGCAAAGUUCGCGCUCGAGUCCUAUGUCGCGCUGAAGAUGUUCACGAACUUCCACCGGAGAGACUUCGGCCUGAGCUCCCUGCACAACCGGGGCUCCCACGACCGGCGCCGCUUCUUCGAGGAGUUCUCCGAGCUCAAGGUGGCGCCGGCGGCGUCGUUCGUCGACACAAGCAACCCGCGGUGGGGCGCGCUCGGCGAGUUCCUGCGGGACAGGUACCUGUCGCUAGUGCACGAGCGGAUGGAGACGUCGUUCUUCGGGCUGCCGGAGCAGCGCGCCGCCGUGUCCGCCGGGGACGCGUUCCCGCGCACCGCGUGGUUCGCCGAGUUCGCGGAGAUGGGGCGCCGCGUGUGGCUGCUGCACUGCCUGUUCUCCGCGUUCGACGGCGACGCGUCCAUCUUCCAGGUGCGCGCCAGGUCACGGUUCUCCGAGGUGUACAUGGAUAGCGUCAGCGACGUGGACGGUGCUGCGGACAGCGGCGGGACGGCACCGUCCCCGGCCGGGCACCUCGCCGUCGGGUUCACCGUCGUGCCGGGGUUCAAAGUCGGCGGGACGGUGAUCCAAUGCCGAGUGUACCUUUCCCGCCCGGACCGCCUGCCGUGAUGAGUUCGGUCUUGGGUGGCACACCGCAUUUCCGGGCCUUCUCAGAGACUACGGCGAGGUCCCCGGCCGUGGGGUUUAAGGGUGGCAGCAUUAGCAUUCAGCAUGUAGGUGCCCACCUGGGUAUGUUCCCACUUUCGUAUGUAUGUAUCAAACUAUGUAUCUACCUACCUACCAUGUGAUGCACUACCAAUGUAGUAGUAAGUAAUACUGUCUGAGCAUUCCAUUCCAAUAUAAAUCGCAUUGCAAUUUUGGUUA